AAGUCAGCUAAGUCAUCUCCACAGGAAUUACUGAUAAUUUAAUUUAAAUACUAAAAUCUUUAUUAAACUGAAUCUUUAUUAAACUCAAAUAGUCCUUAUACCUUCUUCAGACGCGAAUUUUGAGCACUUAUUACGACUAAACUUAGUGACAAAAUUUAAAUCGACUAUAACUCUAACGAAAAACUGGUAUCAACUGCAGACACUGCCUGAUGUGGUAAUAUUACGAAUGAAACGCGUCUGAUUUUGGACAACAGCAUGUAUAUAGUAACUAGUGAUGUAUUUGUAUUUAUUUUUACUAUACCAUCAAAAUCUAUAUAUGUAUAAAUACCUACCCAAUAUCUUUGAUUGAUAUUAGAAAUUAAAGUGAUAACUGAUAAUAAUUUUAAAAGAAUUGUAAACUUUGGGUAGUUGAUUCACAAACUUCGAGUCACAGGGCAAGUAAAUAAAUGGCCUCAGCUAGAAUGUCACCUCAAGAAGAUGAUGAAUUGACUCUUCCUAGAGCAUCUCUUAACAAAAUGAUCAAAGAGAUAUUACCUCAUAUAAGAGUGGCUAAUGAAUCUCGAGAACUCAUCUUGAAUUGUUGUACCGAAUUCAUUCAUCUACUUUCAUCAGAAGCAAAUGAAAUCUGUAAUCAACAACAAAAGAAAACAAUUAAUGCUGAGCAUGUACUGCAAGCACUGGAGAAACUAGGUUUUACAGAUUAUUGUGCUGAAGCAGAAGCUGUUUUAAGGGAUUGCAAAGCAGUUGCAGCAAAGCGCAGACGGCAAAGUACAAGAUUAGAAAAUUUAGGAAUACCAGAAGAAGAACUUUUAAGACAGCAACAAGAACUGUUUGCAAAAGCAAGAGAAGAACAAGCAGCUGCAGAUUAUCAAAUACAACUAGCAGCUUUAGCACAAAUACAGGCAGUUCAAAGUGUACAAGCAAAACCAAUUAAAUUAGAUGAUGACGAUGAUGAAGAUGAUGAUUACUGUUAAUCAUUAAUUUUGAUUUUCUAUAUUCAUAUUGUAAAUUAUAUUUUUUAAUGAACUGUUGUUUUGGCAAAUCAUUUUAAGUAUCAUGAUUAUUCCUUAGUACAUUGAUUAAGAAUGUUAUAGAGUAAAAUUGUAUAUUGCUGACUAAUUAGAGUACUCAAAAUGAGUUGUAAAUUAAAUAUUAGAAUCAAUAAAAUAUUUUCUACCUAUAUUA